AUGCAGUUUGAAACACGAAAUACAUUUGAGGGAUUGAUAUUUGUACAAGAUCAUUUAGCAGACCCAUCAUGUCGUUCAUUUGGUACUAAAAAUAUGAAUAAUCACAGCCGAAAUGCUUCCAUCAAAAUUGGAUUUAAAACUUGUGAAAUUGAAAGAAAAAGAUCGAGUGAUCCACGUGGAAUGUAUUUGACAACAUCUCUAUAUGUUGCAUUUCAUCCUGAGUUUCUUACCAAAAUUGAUCGUAUUUACGUGGUACAGUGCUUUUAUAUGGAAAUGGAAAAAAUUUUAGAAAGAAGAGUUCAAGUCCAAAUGAAUCCACCUUCCUUGCAAGCGGAACAAGUUCUGAUGCCUGUGUGUAAGUACGAAGUUCUUGACGGAUCACCAACUGGACCACCAGUAUCCUACGCAGUCAUCGGACAAAUGGUAUAUCAUAAAUGGACAUGCGAAACAAAUGUAGAGAAUCAGUUUUGCAUGGUGGUACAUAGCUGCUUUGUCGACGAUGGCAAUGGUGAUCGAGUUCAACUUAUUGAUGAACAAGGAUGUGCAAGAGACAAGCAUUUAUUGCAAAAUUUGGAAUAUGUGUCAGAUUUAAUGGCUGGCAAAGAAGCUCAUGCUUACAAGUAUGCUGAUCGACAAAGUUUGUUCUUUGACUGCCAAAUAUCAUUGGCUAUCAAAGAACCGGAUCAGGAAUACUGCAAUAUUCCAACAUGCUCAGAACCACCGAGGCGAAAGCGAGAAAAUUUAGAAUCGUCUAAUAAUUCUUCCACCUCGCGGCAACAGACAUCACUCAUACAGAAUACUGCAUCGACAGCCAGCAAGAAAAGUAUUUUUUAA